CUGAUCUGGAGUUCUCUGUUCCCGUCCUGCUCGACAGCAACAAAAUCACAUCACUAAUUUUUGCCCUCCUGUUUCUCUUUUCUCUCUCAGUGCCUGCAAGGCCUGGAUUUUCUUCACUCGAACCUCGUGAUCCACCGAGAUGUGAAGAGCAGCAACAUCCUUCUCAGAACCGACGGCUCUGUCAAGCUGGCUGACUCUGGCCUCUUUGCUCAGCUCAGCCCUGAGCAGAGUCGACGGAGCUCAGUGGCCAGCACUUCUGGGUGGAUGGCGCCUGAAGUGGUGACAGGUCAACCAUAUGGCCCCAAAGUGGACAUAUGGUCUCUUGGAAUCGUGGGCAUCAAAAUGGUGGAACGAGAAGUUCCUUACUGGAAUAAAACUCUUUUGCCUCAACUCCUGAUAGACAUACGAGGGACACCAAAGCUGCAGCAGCCCAAUCGAUUCUCGCCUUGCCUGCGUGAUUUCCUGAGCUGCUGCCUGCGGAGAAACGAGGCACAGCGCUGGUCUGCCAAGGAGCUCCUGCAGCAUCCAUUUGUAACAUCAGCCAAGCCAGCGUCCAGCCUGGUACCACUCAUCAACUCAGUGAAGAAGGAGAAGAAGAAGACAAGAAUCUAACAGUCAAGAUAUUAUCUCCAUAACCAAGUUAGAGUAGGAUGUAGAGUAGAACUCUAAAGUAGGAUUAUUGAGUUGUUUUGUAGUAUAGGUUUAUAGAGUAGGAUUGGAAUUAAAUAAAGUUUCUGAAGCAUCAACUCAUUUGGAAGAUUCCCCUCCUUCUGACCCCUUCAGAAAACUCAACAUUUCCUUCUGAAUUGCCAGUUGUUUUUUAUUGGUGCUAAGACACGCUUAUGGCUUCUUUGGUAUGGUUUGUAAGUGGAGAAGGCUCUUCUUCAUUCAUCCUCUCCAGACCACACUGCCUUUGGAAUACAGCCCAC